CUGUCGCAUUUCGCUCGUCAGAUGUCAGAAGAUAAAAAUAAUUACAACAACAACAACAACAUUAAUAAUAGUAAUAAUAAUAAACAUGGUGAUGGCAAAGCUGGUAAAAAAAGUGGAGACAGCCAAUCGCAUCACUUGGAAGCGGCCAAGUGGAAGUUUUCAAUGCUGGAUGCUAAUAAAGACCAGAUGAUAGAUAGAGCCGAGGCUAACAAAUUAAAAAUCGAAAUAAACAAACUCAUAAGGUCAAACAACAAAACGUCAUCAUCGUCGUCAUCUUCCUCGUCGUUAACAUCAUUACUCUCUCCGUCUCUAUCAUCAUCGCCAUCAUCAUCGUCGUCGUCUUCACAAAAAAUCAACCACAAUAAAUCUAUUGGCAAGUGUAGUAGGAGGUACGUUGAGAAUUGCGAUUCAAAUAGGGACGGAUUGAUUGACAGUAGAGAAUGGAUGGGAUGCCUUGGAUUCAUUGAUCUACAACGACAGCAUUCUAUUAAGAGGUCGGGGCGCAAUCCCUUCAGCAAAGUACUCACCUGAUCCAAUUGAAUUAAUUAAUUAACACUUCUACACAACCUAAUUAACAUCAAUUUGACCCUAGUGAAUAAAUUAAUAUUAUUAACUAAUCUAAUUAACAUAUUUAUUCCUGAGUAAAAGUUUACCCAGUC